AUGUUCAACCAAAGAUCUUUGACAAAAGAAGAUGUGCAGGCCGUUGCUCCUGCAAAACGAUUCAGGUCCGAGAUGGUCGACAUAUUUUUAAACAAUGAGCUCAGUUGUGAGCGAAGCGCUCGAGUACUGCGGUCAGCACAGGAAGCCGGGGCACUGCAUGUGGAAGACUUGCAGGUCCGCCCAGAGACUCGCAACACCCAUCGGGAUCUUUUGCGGAAAUGUUUCAGAAACACGAAAUGGCCUUCGUUAUAUCGUGCAAAGGUUCGUGGCUGGAAUCAGGCGAAGAACACGUCUGAAGAGUAUUCCUUGGCAAUGUUGCUGCCUCACGAAUCCUUGCACUCACUGCUCAAAGUGAACACGCCAGAGGCCUUGCUUCAGCAGCAAGCCGAGAUCCUGCCUGACAGGCCUGACCUGGAGAACCACUUGCAUUUUUUGGAGGAUGAGUUGGGCUUGGAUUCUGAAUCCACUCUCCUCAUGGGCAUGUGGUGCGAUGGUGUGCCUUUCAACAGCGACCGAUCCAUGACUUUGGAAACUAUUUCUUUGAACAUCUUUGGCCAGCAGAAUCUUCGCCUGCCUGUUGCGGCCUUUCCAAAAGAAUUUGCAUCCAAAUCGCAAACUUUUGAGGAUGUAUUCGAAAUCAUCCAGUGGUCCUUUAAGCAGCUGGCGACGGGGAGCAUGCCAAGCUGCCGACACGAUGGCCGGCCCUUCAAUCGAACCGAUAGUUACCGACAACGUUUGGCAGGCAAAAAGCUUCCACUGAGAGCUGAGCUGCUCUGGCUGAAUUUCGAGCUGAUUGGAGCUGUUACAAGGACGUUUUGA